ACGGACUCGCUCGACAGAAAGACGCACACAACAGAGCGCGUGUUGUUCACGGCGCAUCGGCGCACAUAGACGGCCGCCGACUUGCAGGACGCCCCCGUCCCUCGUGCGCGUCCAGAAACUUUGCCGGCACGCCGAAAUAUCAACAAACAUCUAAGCGUCUCGCGAAGUGUGCGCGCCGCCGAUGUGCGAUCAAUUCAAAAUUCCACCACGACCUAAACCGGUGGCCGCUGAUCGAUGUGAGCGGUAAACAAACACACGAAUGCGUUUUAAUAAAGAACACGUGCGCCGGAGGACGAAGCUGAAGAGUUAAUGGUAACUAAUGACGGCGUCGGACGCGCAGCAGCAUGAGCAGCACAAAGAGUCGACACUGAGUAUGUCAGCGGCAGCGAGGAGCGGCCGGCAUUCAUACAAAUUCAUAAACUAAUGUGCGUGUGAUCAUCCAAAGGAAAUUCAGGCGGGUUCCCAAACUUACGCAUGCAAAUCAGCGCAUGAAUCAGUUGGGGUUUUUGACUGCGGUCUACACAGGAAGACGGCAGAGUAAAUUUUACCCAACGGGAGUAAAAUUAUAUUCUGAAUAAACAAAUAACAAAACAGCGUCAAAUGCUUAUCAAUCCGAGUUGCGCGCGCAUGCUAGUUGGGACUAUCUUCGACACCUGCAACACCUGGUUCAAUCGGAUUUAAAUAUAAUUUUAAUGAUUAAACGAACGUGUUCAAUAGUGCACUGCCAAAAGAUAUUUUAAUAUUCACUGCCGGAGUACGCGUAUUUGCUUCCAAUGAAUUUACGGCGCUGUAAGUACCCAGUCGUCCUUACCUGAAGAAGCAUUACGGGUACCAAUAAUGACAAGGACCAAAAUGUGUUCAGCGACUAAAGUAUUCCUGCUCACGCUCUUGUUUAGUGAUAUUUUACAAGUUGGAACGCCCGUGAGAUUAAAAAGGGAAUUUAUUAACGAAGCUAUGCACGAUUAUUUAAUGAAAUACGGGUAUCUCAGUCACGACGUGGCCGGCGUCGGUGCACUGCGCACCGAGGAAUCCGUCCGACAGGCUGUUAGAGAUCUCCAGCGUUUUGCUAAUCUGCCUGUGACGGGGGAGCUGGACGAACCCACUGCCCGGUUGAUGAUGACGCCAAGAUGCGGACUGCCAGACGUCCAGCCAGGAUCACGAUCCAGGCGUAAGAAGCGUUUUCAAGUGCAAGGACAACGAUGGUCGAAUACAAACCUGACAUGGAGCCUGAAGAAUCGUAACCUGCCAAACUCUUAUGAAAUUCGGUAUGUCUUUUCGAAGGCAUUGGACUUGUGGGCGCGCCACUCUAAGCUCACCUUCGCCGAAGUGUUCGACGACAAGGCGGACAUCGUUAUCAGCUUCCACCGGGGGGACCAUGGCGACAACUACCCUUUCGACGGCAAGGGCCAGAUCCUGGCACAUGCAUUCUUCCCAGGCUCUGGCCGAGGCGGCGACGCGCACUUCGACGAGGACGAGAUCUGGUGGACGAAGGAGAACGAGACGUCCGGAGAAGGCACCAGUCUGUUUCACGUGGCAGCACACGAGUUUGGUCACUCGCUUGGACUUCAGCACACACCCGUCGAGGGCGCCUUGAUGUAUCCUUUCUAUCAACGGAUUCAGAACUCCUUCGAUUACGAGCUGCCCGAGGACGACCGGGCCGGCAUUCAGCAGCUUUACGGCGCUAGGGUUGAGAAACAAUGGGGUAUAAUACCGAAAUACCAUUUCACGACAACGACCACGACCACGACGACCACACCUCGGCCGCGGGUGCGGUACCGAGAUCGCACGCGUACUUAUCAUACGCACAAAGUGUAUAAUCCGCGCAAGACCAACCACCCGAAAUACCCCGGCAAGCCUUACUAUACAACGACCACUUCCACGACAACGACGACGACGACCACGACGCCUGAGCCAACCACACAACCACACCGCCGGCGGCAUUCUACAUCCAAGGAUCCUCGCAAGCCACCACCACCCGACACCUGCAAUACGUCAUACGAUGCAGUCGCCGUUAUACGGCGAGAAGUUUUUAUUUUCAAAGACGCUCAUUUUUGGCGGAUUGCGGACAGUGGUCUCCUUCGUGGUUAUCCAGUUGAGAUUACUAGGAUGUGGAGUGGUCUGCCGCGGAAUUUCACCCACGUGGAUGCUGUGUACGAGCGCCCUGAUGACAAGAUAGUGUUUUUCAUUGACCAACUUAUCUACGUCUUCACUGGGAAUACUCUGGAACGCGGAUAUCCGAAACCGUUGACGUCGUUAGGACUUCCGGCUGACCUGAAAAAGAUUGAUGGCGCUACCGUAUGGGGACACAACGGCAAAACGUUCUUCAGCGGAAAUCGCUACUGGAGAUAUGACGAAGAGUUGGAACGCGUGGAGCUUGAUUAUCCUCGUUCAAUGGACAUGUGGACAGGCGUUGGAACCGAUAUUGAUGCCGUGUUCUUAUGGAAAGAUGGUAAACUUUACUUUUUCAAAGGUAAAGGAUUUUGGAAGUUCAAUGAUAUGCUAAUGAGAGUUGAAAAGCCAGAACAAAUGGAUUCUGGUCCUUUCUGGAUGGGCUGCUCGAAGAACUAUAAGCGUCUCGAGAGCGAUGAGGGGUCGGGUCACAAGUCUAUCAGGUUUACCAGCGCGGGGGCUGAUAUCAAAUUGUCUUCAGUUCUUGCAUCUCUUGUUUGCUUUGCAUAUGCGCUUCGUCGCUAAUUUCUACGUAUAUUUCAAUAUUAUAAUAUAAUAAUCGAAAUAUUAUAUUAUAAUAGAAAUAGCGCGACAUAUUCAAUUAAAAAUCCAUGUCAUACCAUGUUAAUUUUCAGACUGAAGCAAAUGUCCAAAAAAAGAAAUGAUGAAAGUC